AUGGAAGCGCCCCCGAGCAUUGCGGCGCUCUUCGUGAUCAGCUUCGACAUUCGCACCGGAUAUGUGGUUUCAUGGAAGAAAACUGCCCCGGGAGUGGAUGUUGAAGGGGUCGUCGAGUACAAGUCCCUCCCCUCAGGACUCCACAAUGUGACGGAGGACCUAGUUUAUUUCGUCCAUGGACAUUAUGCCGGUAUCAGCGCUUUCCUCAAUCAUCCCGCCGCCGAGGCAGAACGGAAUGCGCAGAUGUUCGCUAUUGGCGUCCUUGUCCCCCUAAGCUCAGGCAGACUAGGGAAGAGCUGGAGACAUGCGCCCAGACUCAAGGAGUUGACCCAGAAAUAUGCGGCGAACAUGUCUGACCUUCAGCCGUUAUCGGACUAUUGGGACGCUCAUAAAAUCAGCGAAACAGAGAAUAUCUCCGCAGAUUCCCCCGUCGAAUCUCCCGUGACCCUUCGUUCCCAACAAAGCGAUAGACCGGACAAACGCACUCGCGCUUUCAGCGAUGCAAUGGUGCUGGAAUCAUUCAGGCCGGCUCUGACUCCCUCCCACCCUGCGUCUUCUCUUCCCGACUUCCUGGACUGCUUUGGUCCGUUGAUAUUCCCUCUGUACAGAGCAGCGCUUUUGCGCAAACGGAUUCUCUUCAUGACCGAGGCCCCUGUGCAUAUGCCUUGCAAAUACGUGUAUGACCUAUCAUUACUGGCAUCUCUCCCAAACUCUCUCCUUCAGACACUUCCUACCGACUGUACCCUACCUCUAAGGCCUCGUCCACUGUUCAACAUCGGCAUCCAUGAUAUCCCUUAUCUUUCGUCCUUUGAUCCAUCACGGGAAACGCUUGAUUCCGAAAGUGACCCUAGCUGGAUUGCGUGUUCAACUGACAGCGUUUUGACCAUGAAGCCCGAGCUAUUCGAUACCCUCGUUACUCUCCCACCUUCUUACUCUCAACAAGCUUCGGAGCGGGUCUAUCCUACGAUCAGCCUAGUGGACCACUCAAGUACGAAGCACAAUCAAAACCAAACAGUACACCUCAAAGCCACCCAACGGGAUGCCCGUCGAUAUGCGAUGCUGCGAAAAGGAUUACGGCAAUUCGCGCAAGAUCGAUCUGCCACGUCAGAACUUAGCGAUGACGCCGACGAAGAAUCCAUGUACUCGUCCAAAUCAAUCGUUGAGCCAAUCUCUUGGGCUAGACUCGCAUAUACAUCAUUUAUCUGGUGGGCAUCAGCCGGCGAAAACCGUGAUGGUCUUUCAGAAGAAGAAGAGGAACAGCAGAUUGAACAAGACGCACGACUUCUGGCAAGCGUGGAGAGUCUUGCUUAUCCCGGCCCUAACUCAAACUCUCGCCGCCCUAUUCAAUCCGAAAACCAGGGCCAGGAGCCCCCGGAGGUCGCCAUGGUCGCUUACUUCCGCCGCCUCACAACGCAGAUUUUCUUCACUCUGGCCGGAGCCAUUGCACGCCAUGAUAAUGACAGCACGCCGGGCGACGAAUUCGCCGGUGCUCAUACCGAUUCCCCUACUCUUAAUGAACCCGAAGAUGAGGACGCGGACUUUCCCUCUCUCCUUCUCCGCCAAAGGGCCAGCACUAACACUUCAAACCUCCGCACGUCGGACUGGGGCAAGGGUGAACCAGAAACGGAAGAACCGAUCACUAUCACUGUCGCUGACAUGGCAGAGAUGGGUCUGGAUGUGUGGAGUGCAGCAGACCGUGUCUUCGCUGUGGACCUCGUUGCCCUCUGGUGGGGACGAGCAGCGUAUGUUGACAGUGCUAGAAUCCGGUGCUGCGGUCUUUCCAUCCUGUAA